AUGUCGACAGCUAUGAACUUUAGCAGUAAGUCUUUUCGGCCCCGUGCUCCAGACAAAGGAUCCUUCCCUCUGGAUCAUUUUGGUAAGUAAAAUAAACCACUCCUGGUUGAGUAACUGACUCGUUAGUUCCAGCAAUAGCUGUGAUGUGCGUAGCUCCACAGUAGCUUCUGUAGUUUCCAGCUGAAUAGGAAAGAGAUGUUUGACCUCAGAUGUAUGAGAACUGUGAAAUGACAGGCAUACUGGAAUGAAUGACAGUUGAACUGCUUUUACUUUCCCUGUAGUUGUCUAGUGUUUGAAAUUCAAUGCACCAUUGCAUCUCUUUGCUGUUUGUCAUUGCAGGAGAGUGUAAAGCAUUCAAAGAGAAAUUCAUGAAGUGCUUGAAAGGCAACAGCUAUGAUAACUCCAUGUGUCGACUACAGUCCAAAGACUACCUUGAAUGCCGGAUGGAUAAGUGAGUAUUGACUACUGUUCGUUUAGCUACUACUUAUUUCCUGUUGAGAAUGAGAUGACUAGGUAUACACACAUCAUUGACUAGACAUGACUGUUCUGAUCACCAAUGUGAAACUAUUCUGUUAUUUAAGUCAGCUGAUGGCCAAGGAACCUCUGGAGAAGCUAGGGUUCAAAGACCUGAUGGACAAACCCAGCCAGGAGAACAAGGAGGCUAAACCCUGA